AUGUCUUUUUCAACUUCAAUACCGCGUCGUCGACCGCGCAGCGAGGAUGACGAUGACGGCGAAAGCGACGAGGCAUCCUCGGUCUCGACGAGACACCCCACGCCCGCUUCUCAGGCCUCGCCUAACAGCAAACGCAUCCGAUUAGAGGCCGCGAGCGUAGAACAGGACAAUGAUGACGAUACCGACGAUAGUGCCAGCCAGGAGGGAUCGGAUGGUGAAGCCUCCGCGGAAAGUUCUUUGAACCCCGCGUCGCGGGACAAAGGAAAGAAUACGUCUGGCGGUCGCGCGCAGGAGAACGACGACAAUGAGGACGAAGAGGGGGCAGAUGAGGAUCAGAAUGAAGUUGGUUCUCAAGAGGACUCAAACGGUGAAUCCUCUGCGCAAAACCCUUCCGCUCAGCAAAUCCAGACUACGAGGACUCCCGAACGGCGUGCCAGCACCGUGGCACAAAAUCAGACAGGCGAUGGAAGUGGCGCGAAGGAUGCCUACAAGCCCGGCUCUAUUGUGCGAAUUAAGGUCACCGACUUCGUUACCUACACGUCUGCCGAAUUUUUCCCUGGUCCGAAGUUGAAUAUGGUGAUUGGGCCGAACGGGACAGGGAAAAGUACGCUCGUCUGUGCGAUAUGUCUGGGACUGGGCUGGGGACCACAGCACCUAGGCCGAGCAAAAGAUCCUGGCGAAUUCGUCAAGCACGGCUGCAGAGAAGCCACGAUCGAGAUAGAGCUUGCAGGGGGUGCGAGAUUUCGUCGAAAUCCGGUUGUAUCACGAACUAUCAAACGAGAAGGCAACAAGAGCACCUUCAUGCUGAAUGGGAAGCAAGCAUCUCGCACGCAGGUGCUGAAGCUUGCUCAGUCGUUUGCCAUCCAAAUUGACAACCUGUGUCAGUUCCUUCCACAAGACAAAGUUAGCGAGUUCGCCGCCUUGACACCAAUUGAUCUGCUCCAUUCGACGCAAAGAGCCGCUGCCGGGCCAGAAAUGAUAGAAUGGCACGACAACCUCAAAAGCUUGAGAGCCGAACAAAAGAAGCUGCAGACAAACAAUCAAGGUGACCGAGACUUGCUAGCGAAUCUCGAGAAUCGACAGGAAAUGCAAAGAGCGGAUGUCGAGAGAAUGCGACAGCGCGCUCAAAUCAAGCGAAAGAUCGAGAUGUUGGAGUUUGUUCGCCCGGUGACGCAGUACAAGCAAACGCAUGAUGAAUACAAGGAGCUGAAGAGAAAGAAAGACACUGUGAGCCGUGAGCUCGAUAUUCUAAAGUCCGAGCUCGAACCCGCAUUGAGGGCAGUGAACGCAAAGCAGACCUAUUGCAUGCAGUUGGACGGAUAUAUUGACUUCAAGAAACGCGGCGUCGAUGCAGCUGAUCGCAUUGCUUCAGAAAUUGGGAAAACAAUCGAGCAGCAUGAGGAUUCCAUGAAAGAUCUAGACAACCAGAUCAGCGUUGAGAAGAAGCAAGCGCAGGAGUAUAAACAAGAGGGGACCAAAAUCCAGCAGGCAAUCAACAAGCUUACUCGUCAGCUGAACGACGAAUCUAUCGAUUUCGAUGUCGAUUGGUACAACGAGCAGAUUAGAGCCAAACGACGACAAGCGAGAGAACUCGAAGAACAAGCCGAACAAAUCAAAGAAACCCGCAGACCUCUUUUCGAACAAUUCAGUAAGAAAAAAGACGAUCUGUACCAAACAGAGCAGCAGUUGCGUGGCUUGGAUUCGCAAUCUGGGCGGCAGGAAGCAAAACUCAAGCAAGUAUCGCCUGAUUCCUUCAGGGCUUAUAAAUGGUUACAAGACAAUCAAGGCAAGUUUGAAAAACAGGUCUUUGGCCCUCCGCUAGUCGAGUGUUCCAUAUCCGACCCCAAAUACGCAGACGCGCUUGAAUCGCUUCUGCAAAAAACGGAUUUCACUGCCUUUACCACGCAAAGCCGGAACGAUUUCAGAACGCUUCAAAGAUGUUUGAACAUCGACAUGAGACUUCAUGACAUCAGUAUCAAGACCAGCGUAGUUCCUCUGGAGAACUUCCGACCUCCGAUUCCGGGCGAUGAAAUUCAAAAGAUGGGGUUCGACGGGUGGGCUAAGGACUUUCUCAAGGGUCCGGAGCCUGUGCUAUCAGUUUUAUGCAGUGAAAACCGGUUACAUCAAACACCCGUCACUCUUCGCGAUAUCUCGGAUGAUGAAUUCAGCCAGAUGGAAAGUGGAUCGAUCAGCUCUUGGGUAGCGGGGAAGCAGAGCUACAAAGUAACCAGGCGACGAGAAUAUGGACCCAGCGCUACGUCUACACGUGUACGACAAGUGAGGCCGGCAAAAGUAUGGACCUCUCAGCCAGUCGACACAAUGGCGAAGCAAGACCUAGUCCAGACUAUGUCAGCUCUGAAGGAGGAGCUCCGGGAUCUGCAACAACGAAUGGAAUCCGAAAAAGCCAAACUUACAGAGCUGGGCCAGACACAUAAGAAGUGUGAAGAGGAAAGGCAUGAACUGGAACGGGAGAAAGCUGAAAAGCAGACAGCUCUUACACAGCAAAGGGCUAUCCCAGAAAGAAUUCGUCAACAAGAAACUAAACGCAGAGACAAUCAGAAAUACUUUGAUGCUAUCAGAACCAGAGUUCUAGAAAUUCGUCAUCAGCAGGACGAACUGUCUGUCCAGAAGGCUGAAGCGACCCUCAAAUAUGCUGAAUCCGUCGUUCAACUUCGCCAAGCGCAUGAAGAGCUUAUCAAGCUAGGCGUCCGCCGUGCCGAGGCGGUUUCUGACUUGGAAAUCCUCAAAGCCCGUAACCAAGAGCAUAGCGAUAGGCUGAAAACGAAGGAGGACGAGCUGAAGGAGGUUGUGAAUGAAGUCAAGACGGUGGCUGAAACGGUGAAGAGGCUUAUAAAAGAGGCACAGAAGGUGGUGCAAGCCUCCAACAGUCAACCCGACCUGGCCGAAUUUAUGACCACUCUAGUCAAUCAUACCGUCGAUCAGCUUGAGGCGGACAUUGACUCGGAGAAGGCUCGCUUAGAACUCACGCAAGGUGGUAGCAGCAACAUCAUCAAAGAAUUCGAGGAACGUGAACGCCAGAUCCAGAGGCUACGCGGCAAACUUGAGGACUUUCAGACCCAGCUCGCUGACUAUGAACACGCCAUCAAUGAGAUACGUGGCAAAUGGGAGCCUCAACUCGAUGCGCUCAUCAAGAGCAUCAGUGACGCGUUCUCCGACUCCUUCGCCCGUAUUGGGUGUGCCGGACAAGUCUCACUUGACAAGGCCGAGGACGAGCCCGGCCCUGAUAACACAUCUGGUGGUAGCAAUUUUGAUCAGUGGUCAGUCCAGAUCCACGUCAAAUUCCGAGAAAACGAGAAUCUUUCCCUGCUCGACUCGCACCGUCAAUCCGGUGGUGAGAGAGCCGUCAGCACCAUCUUCUACCUCAUGGCCCUGCAGUCUCUUUCGGCAUCUCCGUUCCGUGUGGUCGACGAGAUCAACCAAGGUAUGGACCCGAGGAACGAACGCAUGGUCCACGGUCGUCUCGUCGACAUCGCCUGUGCCAACGGAGGGUACAACGAAGAUGGCACUGAGAGCAGCGGAGGCAGCCAAUAUUUCCUGAUCACCCCCAAGCUGCUCAGUGGCCUGGUCUACAAGCCCGGCAUGCGCGUACUCUGCAUUUACAGCGGCGAGCACAUGCCUAAGGACUACGGGAUCUUGGACUUUGGUCAAGCCGUGCAGCGAAUGCGCGCUAUUAAGGGUCAAGCAGAUCGAGGGAAGGGCAAAGGGAGAGCCAUUGAGGAUUCCAUCUCCCAGCGAAAUGGUCGAGUUGAUGUGUACGCCUGA